AUGAUCGAGAGUGACCCCCUCUUCAAAACCUUGUUCCUGCAGAAUGCACCACCGCACAAGAGAGACGGCAGGGGAAUCUGGGAUGAGAUUGGCCUCGCAGGCUCCGCAGCCCUGCGAAAUGACUUGCAGGAACACGUGGUCAGCAUCAACUGCCCAUCAGCCACCGUCGGUUGCCGGGGUGCCGGACCGGACUUUGUUGCUGACGUCGCCGAGCUUGGUAAGGAUUGGAAGCAAACGAGACGAAACGAGACGAACUGGCCCUUGUGA